AUGUUUCUUCAAUUGGUUGAUGGGUUCUAUUUACCUGGUAGUUACCCACAUAAAUACAAUGUGGGUGAUCAAUUAUCCGUGAAAGUCAAUUCCUUGACCUCAAUAGAUACAGAAAUACCAUAUAAGUAUUACAGUUUGCCCUUCUGUAAACCUCUGGAGGGUGUCAAGGAUAGUGCUGAAAAUCUAGGUGAGCUCCUAAUGGGAGAUCGAAUUGAGAACUCUCCAUAUCGAUUCAAGAUGUACACAAAUGAGAGUGAGAUCUAUUUGUGUAAAUCCAAUCCGUUAUCGGCUGAUGAAUUUAAGAUUCUGAAAGAAAGAAUUGAUGAAAUGUAUCAGGUUAAUCUUAAUCUUGAUAACCUACCUGCAAUUAGAUAUAUGAGAAAAGAUGAUUUCCUUCUCAGAUGGACUGGUUAUCCUGUGGGGAUUCAGGUUCAAAAUGUUUAUUAUGUGUUUAACCAUUUGAAAUUCACAGUUUUAGUUCAUAAGUAUGAGCAGACCAAUAUGGCUGAUGUGAUUGGAGCCGGAGAUGGGGCUGAGUUGAUUACUACCACCAGUGAUAAAUCUAGCACUGAUGUUAAAGGGUACAUGGUUGUUGGAUUUGAGGUUGUUCCUUGUAGUUUUCAGCAUGGUAAUGAAUUGUUGAAAAACGUCACAACGUAUGGCAAGUACCCUUCAUCAAUAGUAUGUGAUCCGUCAACAGUGGCAAUGGCGAUAAAGGAAGGCCAGCCGAUCACUUUCAGCUAUGAGGUCUCCUUUGUGGAGAGUGAUAUCAAGUGGCCAUCGAGGUGGGAUGCAUAUUUGAAGAUGGAAGGAUCAAAAGUCCACUGGUUUUCGAUUCUCAAUUCUCUGUUGGUGAUCUUUUUCCUAGCAGGAAUAGUUAUUGUAAUAUUCUUGAGGACUAUUAGAAGAGACUUGGCUCGUUAUGAAGAGCUUGACAAGGAGGCUCAGGCUCAGGUAAACGAAGAAUUAUCUGGGUGGAAGCUUGUUGUGGGAGAUGUUUUUCGGGCACCAAACAAUCCUGAACUUCUUUGUGUAAUGGUUGCAGAUGGGCUUCGGAUUCUGGGAAUGGCGGCUGUGACAAACUUUUUCGCUGCUCUUGGAUUUAUGUCUCCGGCUUCUCGUGGAGCCCUGAUUACAGGCAUGCUUCUCUUCUACAUUUUCUUGGGAGUUGUGGCUGGUUACGUUGCUGUUUGGCUUUUGAGGACAAUAACAUGUGGUGAAUCUAGAGGAUGGUUUUCUGUUUCCUGGAGAGUUGCUUGUUUCUUUCCUGGAAUAGCUUUCCUCAUAUUGACAAUCCUGAAUUUCCUCUUAUGGGGAAGUCAUAGCACAGGGGCAAUUCCAUUUUCCACAUAUUUAGUCCUGCUAUUACUCUGGUUCUGUAUUUCUGUGCCCCUUACCCUUUUGGGUGGCUUCAUUGGUACCAAAACACCGCGCCUUGAAUUUCCAGUUCGAAUCAAUCAAAUUUCUCGCGAGAUUCCAGCACAAAGAUUUCCUUCCUGGUUGAUAGUCUUUGGAGCGGGAACUGUCCCAUUUGGGGAAAUUUUCAUUGAGCUUUUCUUCAUCAUGUCAAGCAUUUGGCUUGGCCGCGUUUAUUAUGUUUUCGGGUUUCUCUUCAUUGUUCUAAUCCUCCUGGUGGUGGUGUGUGCCGAGGUUUCUCUGGUCAUUACUUACAUGCACCUCUGUGUGGAAGAUUGGAGAUGGUGGUGGAAAUCCUUCUUUGCAUCUGGUUCGGUUGCCAUUUACAUCUUCUUGUACUCUGUUAACUAUCUUGUGUUUGAUCUUAAGAGCCUGAGUGGACCAGUCUCUGCUGCUCUUUACCUGGGUUACUCUCUUUUCAUGGCCAUUGCAAUUAUGUUGGCAACUGGUGCUGUAGGGUUCUUGUCGUCUUUCUUGUUUGUUCAUCGCCUUUUCUCUUCAGUGAAGAUAGACUAA